UGAUACACACGGAGCGCAGACGCCCAGCAUCUCCCGGCAGAGAUGAGCGAUCAGCCCGGGCACCUGCGGCCGGACACCGGGGAGAAGCUGAUCCUCUACCACUGGACGCACUCGUUCACAUCGCAGAAGGUGAGGCUCGUCAUAGCAGAAAAGUCUUUGAAGUGUGAAGAGCACGAUGUCAGCCUUCCACUCAGCGAGCACAACGAGCCCUGGUUUAUGCGGCUCAAUCCCUCCGGAGAAGUUCCAGUUCUGGUUCAUGGAGAAAAUAUCAUCUGUGAAGCUACACAGAUUAUCGAUUAUCUGGAACAGACAUUUACUGACGAGAAAACACCAAGACUGGUACCAAGUGAAGGAAGCGUCUACUACAUCAGAGUACAGCACUACCGGGAGCUGCUGGACUCCCUGCCGAUGGAUGCCUAUACUCAUGGCUGUAUCCUGCACCCAGAGCUGACAGUGGAUUCCAUGAUACCGGCAUAUGCAACGUCUAGAAUUCGCAGUCAGAUUGGCAGUACUGAAUCUGAACUCAAGAAGCUUGCUCAAGAAAACCCUGACCUUGAAGAUGCCUACAUUGCAAAACAAAAACGCCUGAAAACGAAACUGAUGGAGCAUGACAACAUAAAGUACUUGAAGAAAAUACUGGAUGAGCUAGAAAAAGUUCUGGACCAGGUCGAAACUGAAUUGCAAAGACGAAGUGAAGAAACGCCAGAAGAAGGGUCGGGCAGUCAGUCCUGGCUGUGUGGACAGUUCUUCAGCCUGGCAGACGUAUCGUUAGCUGUCACUCUGCACCGAUUGAAGUUCCUUGGAUUUGCUAGAAGAAACUGGGGGAAUGGAAAACGUCCUAAUUUGGAGGCAUAUUAUGAAAGAAUCUUGCAAAGGAAGACUUUCAGUCAAGUUCUCGGAAAUGUUAAUAACAUUUUAAUCUCUGCUGUAUUGCCGACUGCAUUCCGCGUGGCCAAAAAACGAGCCCCUUCUAUUCUCGGCGCUACCGUCAUGAUGGGAUUGCUGGCGGGUGCAGGCUACAUUUGUUUCCUCUGCGUUAGAAAAAGACUUUUUAAUGCAUUCUCAUCUAUUAGGUCAAAACACUUUUUUUAGUUGACCUUAAAGAGGAUGUCUCACUUCAGCAAAUGGCAUUUAUUAUGUAGAGAAAGUUAAUACAAGGCACUUACUAAUGUAUUGUUAUUAUCCAUAUUGCCUCCUUUGCUGGCUGGAUUCAUUUUUCCAUCACGUUAUCCACUGCUCAUCUCCAUGUUACGACCACCCUGUAAUCCAGCAUCGGUGACCGCGCUUGCACACUAUGGGAAAAAGCUCAGGCCAUACUGAUAGCCAGGACCCUGGGCGUAGGCUGGCACUUUUUCCUAUAGUGGGCAAGCACGACCUUCACAGAUGGAUUGCAGGGUGGUCGUAACCAUGGAUACGAGCAGUGCAUAAUGUAAUGAAAAAAUGAAUGAGACCAGCAGGAGGAGGAAAUAUGGAUAAUCCCAAUACAUUAGUAAGUGUCUUGUAUUAACUUUCUCUACAUGAUAAAUGCCAUUUGGAGU